GCAAUCAUAGAGACUUUGUUCGUGACCUGAAGAUCAAUUCCAGUGGAAAAGUUGAGGAUUUGAAGCAAAGAAGCGCGUCACUGUUUUCAGUGUCAGAGUUGUUAAAUGUUGAGUGUGUGCAGUGGUUGAGCCAUUUGGCAAAGAGAUAUUUAAAAUAUCUGGUGAGAUAAAAUCGACCUCAGAAACUGCGUGCAAGAAAGCCACCGAAGGCCAGGAAGCUGGUGAGAUGCCCGCAUAGAGAUGGGGAGCGCAUGUAAAUGAAUGCCAUUGAGUGUCGCUUCAUCACCAUGAGGGAGGAGGAACUGGAGAUCGCGAUCAAAGUCGUGAUCGUGGGCAAUGGCGGUGUUGGCAAGAGUUCAAUGAUUCAGCGCUACUGCAAAGGGAUCUACACGAAGGACUACAAGAAGACCAUCGGCGUGGACUUCCUGGAGCGACAGAUUGAAAUCGAUGGCGAGGACGUGAGGAUAAUGCUGUGGGACACAGCUGGUCAGGAAGAGUUCGACGCAAUUACCAAAGCGUACUACCGAGGAGCUCAGGCGUGCGUUCUGACAUUCAGCACCACAGAUCGUUUGUCUUUCGAGGCAAUUAAAGACUGGAAGAUGAAAGUGGAGAAUGAGUGCGGUGAGAUUCCGACCGUGAUAGUGCAGAACAAAGUGGAUCUGAUGGAUCAGGCGGUGGUGCAUCCGGAGGAGGCGGAAAUGCUGGCCAGGCACCUGGGAUGUCGCCUCAUCAGGACAUCGGUGAAGGAGGACGUGAAUGUAGGAUCAGUUUUUAGAUAUUUAGCCACGAAAUGCCAUCAAUUGAUGAAGCAACAGUACAGCAGUGUGACCACAGUUGGACAGCCGACAAUCAGUGCCUUUGGACCAACAUUCGCCAAGACAAACGGUACGAUUAUUCUGCGACCCAGCCGAAAGCCUUCCCGCAAGAAGACCAUGCUGAGGAAGUGUCGCAUUCUCUGAGAAAAACCAUCCAACACACACAAACACACAUUCGGCCUGAUCGUGCUUCGCAGUCACUCACGCGAAAUUGGCUUGCAUGGACUUAAUCACUGAAAACAUUGAAGAGAUUUUGCUCUACAGUGAGCGACAUUGCUCUAACUCCAACCACUUAAUGGAAUGGAAGAUGAUCUCACAAGAUCUAAUUAAAUACUCUGAUGUGGUCUCUAAAGCAAUGUCGCUCACUGUGGCGAACAACAGUGUUGAGAGAGAGAGAAGAUUACAUUAGAAGCAGAGUAAUUUAAUGUAGAUUGGAGGAAAAAAGAGAAAUCUGUUGAGUCAAACAUUUUUUAUAUAAGCUUUUAUUGAAUUAGCAUUUCAAUUGAGUGUUACAUGUUUUGUGUAUAGUUCACACAUCAAUAUGUAUGAUAAAAAACUAAGAUUAAAAAUAUUCU